AUGACUAGGCACAGUGAUCCAAAUGGGACAGACUGUGACACUCAGUUUCUGCUAAACAUCACUGUCCAUGACUGUCCAGCAGACGGUAAUGGUAUCGUCUGCUCUGGAAGAGGAAUUUGUGCCAUUUCGAAUCAGACGGCACGCCCCGUCUGUCAGUGUUGCGAUCGUUACGGAGGUGUCACAUGUCAACAGGAAUUUCCUAUGGUCACGUGCUCUGACGUCACUUGUUUCAAUGGCGGCACUUGUAUCGAGGCAAACGCAACACAUGAGUUACCAGGCAGCCCAUCAGAGUCCAUUUACAACGAAACAGCUACAAAGGCUACCACGUGUCUUUGUCCUAUACACGUGACCGGAAGCAGGUGCGAGCAUGUGCUUACACGUUGCCGUGCCAACCCAUGCGUGCACGGGAUCUGUGUGGAUAGAGCGGAGGGUUAUCAAUGCUACUGCGUUCCCGGUUACCAUGGAGUCCAUUGUGAACUAGCAUACAACGAGUGCCUGUCCUCGCCAUGCCAGAACAAUGGGCGCUGUGUGGACCAGCUAGAUGCUUUCGAGUGUCGCUGUUCUCAUGGACAUACAGGCGACCGGUGUGAACAUAAGGUAGAUAUCUGCACACCAAACCCUUGUCACAUGAAUGCCACGUGUACAUAUCUCGGGGAUAGAAUUCAUUGCGCAUGCCCAACCGGAUAUACAGGUGCCACGUGUAGUGACGUCAUAGGCGCGUGUCACUCGAGCCCGUGUCACAACCAUGCCACGUGCAUCGAACACGGGGAGGAAUAUCACUGCGCAUGCCCGAUUACGUUCGCGGGAAAACACUGUGAAUAUAUGAUGGACGUGUUCGCGCCUCCCAUGGAAGAAUCUGAGAUAAGGGGUCCCGGUCACCGUCACAACUUGUACAUCGUGGCUGGGACGUUGGCCACCAUGGUCGCCGUCGUCGGGGCCGUCCUUGUCGCGUGCUACUGUCGCAUAUACGAAACAUACAAACAACUCAGAUGGCACCGUCUCAAGUCCACGGUCAGCCGAUCAUAUUCCUGUCCCGACUUCGAUGGACCGGCUGCCAGGAAGCGACAUGACAAGCGCCGCCUCAGCCUGGACACUGGCCUUCUAGAGUCAGCCAGCAUUUGCUACGAGAACGCCGCCUACGAUAGCCAGGCCCCGAACAGUCUUUCCGUCCUUCAGGUCUGA